AUGAGCAGCAUGUCCGCAGAAGACAGCAAUGGCCCUCGCCAUCGAAAAUCAGCCCACUCGUACACCAAACAAGAUUUGAAAAAUGCCAUCAAUUUGAUAGUGGAGCGUGGUACUUCCAUACGACGAGCAGCUUUCGUUUGUAACGUUCCACGGACCACGCUGUCGACUUAUUUAAGAUCCUUGACGCACGGUAAAAUCAGCAAGCUGUUGCCCCAAGAGGAGCAGGCACUCUUCCAAUGGAUGACGGAUUGUUGCAAGCGAGGAUUUUCGAUUAAAAAACGAAACCUGGAAACCGCCGCCGAAGCUUUGGUUCAAAAAACCAUCCCUGUGCGUAUGCACCCGUUCCAGGAUUCCGAGUUUGGGCGACGGUGCUAUCAAAAGUUUGUCAAAAGAUGGCUCUCUAUCGACCGGACCAAGGAUCGGAAGCACAUUGGCACCAUAAUCGAGUGGUUCAUGCACAUCGAGAGCUACCUCGUGGAAUCGAAUCUGUUCGAAAUACUGAACCAUCCCGCACGAGUCUUUCUGUGUGAUGAAUUGCGCUUUCGCGAGCGCGUCGAGAUGCAAGAAAACGUACGGACGGUGCUGAAAAAAAUGACCAUGCUCUAUACAUUCACGGCCGCCGGUCAGCAUCUCUCACCGUUGCUCGUUUACCCAUACCACCGGGAUGUGCCGCUCGACAUAGUGAAAGCUGCCCCCAAAAACUGCGCCAUUGUCGCUCAUGAGCACGGACUAGUCACUCCUAAAACGUUCGCGGCCUACCUGGACAAGGUGGUGGACAAGUUUGUGACGACAAACAACAUUCCCAAGCCGAUCAUCAUGUUCGUGGAUGAAACGCAGGUCGAUCUAACGUUGCAUCUGCACAACACUUGCAAACGUUUGGGCAUCGUGCUGCUAGGUCUGUCGGCAUCACAGGUUGUUAAGCCUACGGCAAACACGUUCAACGAUGUGUGCAACGGUUGGGAGGAGCAAUUGCCACGGUGGGAAAAAGAGAGUGGGCGCAAAUUUUCACUCGCCGAAUGCGCUGGCUUGAUGCAAUCGGUCAAUCAAAGCUACAUUCAAAGUACCGUUUUGAUAAAAGAUUUCGCUGCCAGCAACCUGUGCCCGUGGAGUCGUCCUGUUCGACAUGUAGGUGAUUCUUCUGAAACUGAGCCUGCCGGUACCUCGCAGGACGCAAAUGACAUUGAAAACAUGGAAGAGGACGACGAGGACGACGACAAUGAAAUUGAACACUUUCUCGAAAACGUUGACGGUUGGUCUGACGAGGAAGGUGACGCUGGGGAUUUUAAUGAUGAAGACAAUGACUUCACGGAUGAUUUAGAUGAGUUUGAUCAGGAAAACGAAGUGCAGGAUGCUUUAAUGCAGAGCAUAGAAAAGGAGUUGAGAGCAAAGUUCAGAAAAGAUAAAACCACAAAUGGUCCAGCGGUGGUAGACGACGAAUUUGACGAGCGUACGUCCACCGACGCACCUAAGGAUGUUCCCGCCAGUGAGUCCGUCAAUGCGGUCAAAGAAUGUGAUCAAGAAGCGCCGGAUGCGCAACAGACAACCAACUCGGAUGAGGAAAACGAAGGCCCGCCUGAUGAUAUCGAUAUCAGUAUUAAUUUCAUUGAUUUCAAACGCGCGAUUGGCAGUGAGCUUACGGAAAAAUUCGAACGUAAGCUUGAAGUUGAAACCCGCCUAACAUUGGGCAAUCAUGCGGAGAAUGUGUUGUACGAUAUAUAUCGUCAAUUUCGAUGCGAUAUUGUCACCGAUAGCGACGAUGAUUAUAACGAUGUGGUGGAAGUUGGAGACGAUUGAACGCAUUUCGCAGAUUACAAAAGCACGCAUUUAUGUCUAGGUUGCAUUCCAUUACUAGUAAGGAGUAUUCAGUUUGAUUGCAAAUUUUAUUUAUUCUACCCUUCCGAGCGAUGCCACAGCUGGGUGUUGGGUGUAGCACAAACUACCAAAUAGAACAAUUAGUUCUCUAU